ACGCGUUCACUGUAUGCCUUUUGAUCCGCUUCAAGACCCUUCUCUGAUUCCAUUGAUCAUCAAUAUCACCACCAACACCAACCUCUCUGCUGACCCUUCAUUACGGACGGCCUUCAAUCGUCACCUGUCCAAGCUCUUUUCGUCUCUUGUGGAAUUCCUUUAGCACCUUCGCACCUUCGACCUGCUCCACCGCAUUGGCUCUUCCAUCAUGAUCGGGCAUGCGACAGGAAUGCUGGGGGAGGAUGGCAUCCAUGUUGAUAUGAACCACUUGAAGAAGGGCGAAGUCAAUCUCGGCACAUCGAUUAUGGCUAUCACAUUUAGAGAUGGUGUCAUCCUUGGAGCAGACAGCCGAACGACGACCGGGGCGUACAUUGCGAAUCGAGUUACCGACAAGCUCACACAAGUGCAUGACACUAUCUGGUGUUGUCGAUCUGGCUCAGCAGCAGAUACACAGGCCGUCGCAGACAUUGUUCAAUAUCAUCUCGGACUGUAUGGCAUUCAGAACAAUGAGCCUCCUACAACCCAGACUGCGGCUGCGCUGUUCCAGGAACUGUGCUAUGAGAACAAGGAUCAACUGAGCGCUGGUAUGAUCAUUGCUGGCUAUGACAAAAAGCACGGAGGACAAGUCUACUCAAUACCCCUAGGAGGAUCCCUCCACAAACAGUCAUUUGCGAUCGGUGGAUCAGGUUCAACAUACAUCUACGGAUACACCGACGCACACUGGAAGGAAGACAUGACGGAAGAAGAGGGAGUCGACUUUGUCAAGAGUUCAUUGCGAGAGGCUAUGAAGUGGGAUGGAAGCUCAGGCGGUGUUAUCCGAAUGGUGGUUCUGACUGCCAAAGGAGCAGUCCGGCAUCUGUACUUACCAGAUCAACAAUAUCAAGGACCAGGGACCGGGAGAUAAAGAUAUUGAGCGUUUUUAGACGAGAGUCUGGAACGUGUUGACAAAGCCAGGCGAUGGGCUUGGUCUUGAGGUCUUAUGGCGUCCAGCACUGUAGUCUGAAUUCAAGGCGCAGUCCCAUCUUGCAGCAUGCUCAGUACAAAGAUCAACAGACUGUCACAUUCUGCCAGAAGUGACAAGUCUGGUCUCAUAGGUCUCCAAACAUGAAGUGGCUGCUCUUUCCCUGGCCUAAAAAAUAAUGAGAUCGAUUCAUCUGAUUGUUCUGUACAGCAUUUGGGUAUCAAGUUCCAC